GCUGUACAAUGUAUGGAGUCAGCAUUUGGCCUUAAUGAUGCCAACUAUGCUUUUCAACCCUCAAAACCCUUACUUGAUGUUUUCAUUGCGGCAGAAGGACUACCUUCGGGUGAAGACAAAUUACCGGAACCUACCGAAGCUGAAAUUGCCGAAGCCAACAAAUUGAAGGAGGAGGGUAAUGAUCUGAUGAAAGCGUCUCAGUUUGAUGCUGCUGUUAGCAAAUACAAUGAAGCCAUAAAAUUGCACAGGGAUCCCGUUUAUUUCUGUAACAGAGCAGCUGCAUACUGUCGCCUCGAACAAUAUGAUCUCGCUAUACAGGACUGCCGAACAGCAUUAGCUCUUGACCCCAAAUACAGCAAAGCUUACGGUCGUAUGGGACUUUGA